AUCUCCAGUAUUUUUGGCAGAGACGUGUGGUAGAUUUUUAAGUAGGAAAUCCAACAUUUUUUACGUAUGAUCGGGAGCCCCGAUUUCCUAUAGUCAAUUAAGAAAAAUUUAGAUUAUAUUAUAUUAGAUUAUAUUUAAAAUAAUGAAUGGAUGUAUUAAGUAUUUUAAUUAUGAUGAGUGAUAAAGAGUAUGAAAGUAAAUGGUAAAGAGCGCAGUACGCCAAUGUAUAAUGUAUGUACGCCUAGACGGAUUCUGCGUUGCGCAACCGUUAUGUGGUCCUAAACUGGUGGGGCCAAGUUGCCAGCGCUCCUCAAGCAACGAAAAAAACAGUGAGAAAGGUUAGUUUUUUCGAAUGACAUCAGUACAAGUGAUCACAGGGGGGCACGAAGAUGCCGAUCUGGUCUCUCUAGCUCUGGGCAUGGACAACAUUGAUCAGCUCUCAGAAUGCUGCAGAGCUUGCCUGCAGAUGGAGAGCCCCCUUACACCAACCAGCUCAGAGGACAAUGAUCAAAUUAAGUUCAACGAUAAACUUACCACCUGUAUACCAGAAAUUGAUUGGGUCAAGGAUGGACUGCCGGCUUUGAUUUGUUCCACUUGUGUAACCAGGCUGAGAGUUUCUUAUGAUUUUCACACUGCAUGUGUAAAAUCUGAUAGGACCUUGUCACAGUAUGGAAUGCAGGAGGAUGAAACAGUUUCAACCUCAGAGAAGUUUGUGUUUCCAAGCUUUCAUUUAGAUGGGACAAAGCAGGAGGAUAGGAAUGGAUACAAUUUAAAGCAUUUUUUGGAUAAUGAACAGAUGAUUGAGAAGAAUGAUGCGCAUGUUGAUUUCAUUGGUAUGGAAGCACCUGAGAAUAUACAGAUCCAGUUUCAGGAUAUUCAGAUGAUACCAAAUGAGCUUGUGAAUGAGACAGCUACCGAGAAGGUUACGGAUGCGUCGAUGGUAGUCGAGGUAGUGAAGAAGCCCUCACACAUGUGCGUGCAAUGCGGGAAGGUUUAUAGAAAGAAUGCUAAUCUUCGGAUACACAUGAGAACGCACACUGGGGAGAAACCAUACGAAUGCAAGUACUGCGACAAAAGGUUUCAUCAUUCUUCGCAUUUAACUGAGCACAUUAGAAGGCAUACAGGGGAGAAGCCCUUCCAGUGUGACGUGUGCAGCAAGAGGUUUACGAUCCGCGGAGAGCUAACCAUGCACCUAAAAUCGCACACAGGGGAGAAACCCUUCGCUUGCGCCAACUGCGAACGAAGGUGCUUGACUGCCGCAGAUCUUAAAGUGCACAUGAGGACGCACACUGGAGAGAAGCCCUACGACUGCUCGACAUGCAGCAAAAAGUUUGCCAGCGCUUAUAUCUUGAACUCACACAUUAAGACGCACACUGGAGAAAGACCUUACAGUUGCAUGGUCUGCAACAAAACAUUCACGCAAUCCUCUCAUCUGAACGUCCACAUGCGUAAGCACACUGGAGAAAAGGUAAGUUGCAAGGUGUGCGAAGCAACAUUUAUACACAACUCGCAGCUGACGGUUCACAUGAGGAAGCAUACAGGAAAGGAACCCUACAAAUGUACACUCUGCGGAAAAGUUUGCAACUACUCCUCAGAAUUGCAGACGCACAUGAUCAAGCAUACAGGGGAGAAGUUGUCGUGCCCGACUUGCGAUAAGAAGUUUACCACGGCAGCAUACCUGCAGGAGCACAAGAGGACUCACACCGGCGAGAAGCUCUGCGCCUGCGAGCUCUGCGAUCGUCAGUUCACGAGGCAGCAUUACCUCAAAAAGCACAUGCGAACGCACACAGGAGAAAAACCAUACACUUGCAUAAUCUGCAGCAAGAAGUUCACGCAGUCCUCCUCGCUCAAAGUGCACCACCGCAUUCAUACAGGCGAGAAACCCUUCACCUGUCCGGUCUGCCAAAAGCAUUUCACCACUUCGUCGGAUCUUAGCUCACAUAGCAAGCGGCACAAGAAGGUGGCCGCAGCUGCUGCUGCCGCUGGUAUCAUUUUCUAACAAAAUCCAAGACUGUUCUUUCUUCUAAUUUAUAAAAUGUGAUCUCUAUUCAUCCGUACUCGGCGAAUUCUUAAUUUUCGUUCUUCUAUUUAAUGAUUAAUUAAGUGUACCACAACAACGACGGUCAUUUCCGAAAAAACAUUUUAUUAUUACAUAUUAGGAUACUUACACCUCUGACAACAGUUGUAUCAGUUUUUAA